AAAGGAACCAUUCAUCUUCAAUAUGUGGGAGACCAAUUUUCAUAUUUUCUCCUACACUACCAUGUAAUUAUACUCUCUCAUAUUAAUUAAAAAAUACUCUUUGUAUUAUAUAUUCUUUAUGGAGCUAAAACGCUACAUCAAUGGCUAUAAUACCAAGAUUAUGUACUAUGUACUACCCAGAUGUUAAUAAAAUCUCCCCACUGGCAUUGUACCGUCAGAAAAGGUUUUACGCGGCCGAGAUGAUUGGCUGCAGAGCGCGUCCAUCCCCGGGGCCGCCCGUCAGUGUAGUUGUACAUAGAUGAAGCACACUAGAGGGCUCGCCGGUCUGGAAGAAUACUCACCAACCCUAAUGGAGGGUACUGUCGGCGUCCCCCUACCGCAUGCUUGCUGCUCGCCGAAAAGAUCCUUGCGGUCCGCAGCUCGGCGGCGGAGGGAGGAGUUGCCGGAGCUAGAUGAGUCGCUUGUUUACUGGACCGCCAUGCUGGCCGUGGUUGCCAAGGGCUCGUCGAAGCUUGUCGCCGGUUAUGACUCUGCCGGAUCUCCAAGCAGUCACGGAUCUAAGCUCGCCGGAGAGAGGCUCGCCAAGGGCUCACUGGAGAGGACCGGGAGUGGCUCGCCGGAGGAAGGAGGUUCGGAGCAAACGAAGGAUGGGAUUUGGGAUCGUAUCGAGGAGAAGUUCUUCAUGGAGAUGAACAAGGAUGACUCCUACCGAACUCGGGACCAACUCACUUCCAAAUGGAGCCACAUCAACCGUAAAGUCCGAAAGUUUAUCGGAGUUUACGAGGAAUGCUCCCGGUCCCAGAGGAGUGGUACGAACGACGCCGAUGUUCUCCGGUUUGCCACGACCCGGUAUCAAGACGACGGGCACCAAGGUAAGGUGCCCAUCGAUCUUUGGAGGAUUUUGAGUCGUUCCCCGGAGUGGCAACAACUCAACAAUCCCGACGGCGGAUCGUUCCGGAAAAGAUCCACCGUCGAUGCCGAGGUUGGAGUCGACGAGACUAUCGGUUCUACCGAUCAAAUCCCUCCCUUCAACGUUGCGGGUUCCGAUGACGAGGACCCCAUUCCACGGCCGAUCAGAAGAAAGAAGGCAAAAUCCAUUGCCUCUGGUUUGGGAGGGUCCGCCUCUGUUUCCGCUUCUCCCCGCGACGAAAUCGGCCGGGCAAUGAUUGAACAACUUCGGCCAGCUUUGAUUUCGGGAAUCCCGAAGUUUUCGAUAUUUGAAAUUCAUGCCAUGACAAUGAGUCCCCCACAUGACUCGUCCUCUACCGCCAGCAGCAGCGGCAGUUCCUCCUCCUCCUCCUGCUCCGCCGCUUCCGCCGACCAGAUCGACUCCCUUCUCGCCGGCGCCGGCUACGCCGUCCGCUCUUCCCAACUCAGCACCGUCGCUCUCCGCCUCGAGCAUCUCGAGAAUUUCAUGGUCAGCAGUCCCAUGGGCUCCGAGAUCUCUCACCAUCUCGCCAACGACGUCGUUCACCACAACCCUUCUGACCUUGGGUCCUGGGUCGACUCGUUAAUCUCUGAGCUCAACCCGCCCGACUUCUCCGCCGCCCUACUGGAUCCCGAUUUUGUCAAUUCCGGCCCCAUCGGGUGGGCCCAAUGUGGCCCGGUGAACAACCACCGGAUUAUUCCGCCCCAUCUUACAGCCGCGGCGGAGCAGGAAGAUUCCGGCAUCAGGCUGGUGCAUGCGCUGAUGACAUGCGCCGCCUCGUUCCACCGUGGCGAGUUUUCAUUGGCCGGAUCCUUGAUCGGCGAACUUCAGCUCCUCCUGACGCGUGUCGAUUCCGGCAGCGGCAUCGGCAAAGUUGCCGGCUACUUCAUCGACGCACUGAGCAGAAGACUCUACGCGCCGCCGCAGGGGAUCGUCCCGGCGGGAUCGGCCAUCGAGGACGAGAUUUUCUAUUCCCAUUUCUACGAAGCCGCCCCGUAUUUGAAAUUCGCCCACUUCACGGCCAAUCAAGCCAUACUGGAGGCAUUCAACGGCCACGAUUGCGUCCACGUCAUCGACUUCAACCUGAUGCACGGCCUGCAAUGGCCGGCCUUCAUCCAGGCUCUGGCUUUACGGCCCGGCGGGCCGCCGCUCCUCCGGCUAACCGGAAUCGGGCCUCCCUCUCCGGACGGUCGGGAUUCGUUACGCGAAAUCGGUCUCAAAUUAGCCGAAUUGGCCCGGUCCGUUAACGUCCGGUUUGCCUUCCGCGGGGUGGCGGCUUCACGGAUUGACGAUGUCAAGCCGUGGAUGCUGCAAGUGGGCCCCAACGAAGCCGUGGCCGUGAACUCCAUCAUGCAACUCCACAAGUUGCUCGUGCCGGAUCCGAUCCGCGGACGGCCCAUCAACACCGUGCUCGGGUGGAUCAAGAGCUUGAACCCGAGAGUCGUGACCGUGGUCGAGCAGGAGGCGAACCACAACCGGCCCGAGUUUCUCGACCGGUUCACGGAAGCUUUGUACUACUACUCGACCAUGUUCGACUCCCUAGAGGCUUGCCCGGCCGAACCGGACAAAGCAUUAGCCGAGAUGCACAUACAGAGAGAGAUUUGCAAUGUGGUUUGUUGCGAGGGCAUGGACCGGGUGGAGAGACAUGAGCCGUUGGGCAUGUGGAAGGACCGGUUCGUCCGAGCCGGUUUCAGGGCUUUCAAUCUCGGCUCCAAUGCCUUCAAGCAAGCCAGCAUGUUACUGACUCUAUUCUCCUCUGAAGGGUACAGUGUGGAAGAGAGAGAUGGGUGUUUAACGCUGGGGUGGCACAGCCGGCCGCUGGUGGCGGCUUCGGCUUGGCAACCAAACCGUUGUUGAGUCGAACCGGUUCGGGUGAUUUUUCUAUGUGAAAUCUUGUAGUAGCAUAAUGCCCCAUUGGGUUUAACCUACAUCAUGGGGUCAGCUAGAGAGGAAAGACUGUGACGCUUGAUAUGGUUUUGUCAUUUCAAUUUCAAUUUAAAAGUUAAUUAUUUAUAUUACUCCGUACAUUCUUUGUGUUUACAAAAAUAAAAACAACAAUUUUCUUAUCUCUAUAUAAAACUUACAAUUCUUUAUUGAAUAAAGUUAUUUGUACCCC